AUGGCGACCACGGGGGCGCCACUGGAUUUCCACCAUCCGUUUACCCCGUACGACAUCCAGCUCCAGUUCAUGCAGGCCCUCUACGGCUGCCUUGAGGACGGAAAAGUCGCCGUCUUUGAGUCCCCCACUGGUACUGGUAAAUCACUGAGCUUGAUCUGCGGUUCCCUCACCUGGCUACGGGACCACAAGCGCAAGGCCUUUCAGGAGACCUUAGAUCAGGCAGCAUGCGAUGAUGAUGAUGACCCAGAAUGGAUGGUGGAAUUCGCCAAAAAGAAUUCGCGUCGUGCCGUUGCUGAGAAAAGACAAGAGUUUGAGGCGCGAUUAGCCAAGAUUAAACGGGAAGAAGAGCGAUUGAAGCAGGCCUCAACGACACAAGACCGGCCUCGUAAGAAACAGCGAUUGGAUGAGCCAGACUCGCAGCCAAGUCACGAUGACGAGGAGCAGUUUGUCCUGGAUGACUAUGAUAGCGAGUCUGAAGACCGCAAAAAGUCAAGCGAGUCAAGCGGGGUUGACGGCCUGUCUGCUAGUACCCUCGCUCUGCUAGAAAAGUUCAAGGGAAGUUUUUCGGCUCCGAAAAAGGACGACGACGAGGAAGAUGACACAAUCAAGAUCUUCUACUGCUCGCGAACCCACUCCCAGCUCAGCCAGUUUGCAGGUGAACUGCGUCGGGUCACAUUUCCAUCAAGCAUUCCCUCCGACCCGGAGAAGGACUGCAAGGAGGACGACCUGUCGAAGCUGGAGGAAGCCGUGAAGCACCUGUCACUUGGCUCCAGAAAGAAUCUUUGCAUAAAUCCCAAGGUCCAAGCUUUGGAGAACAGCACCGCAAUCAACGAGCGUUGCUUAGAUCUGCAACAAUCGGGUGUCGCUGCCGAUAAGAAAUGUUCUUUCCUUCCUUCCAAGGAUCACGAUGCAUUGCUUCUCCAGUUUCGAGACCAUGCCUUGGCUACGGUGAAGGACAUUGAGGAUAUCGGGAAAGUGGGCAAGGAGAUUGGCAUCUGCCCGUACUAUGCAUCCCGCUCCGUCAUCAAACACAGCGAGAUUGUGACAUUACCAUAUCCACUUCUUCUCCAGCGAUCUGCCCGUGAAGCCCUCAACUUAUCCGUCAAGGGCCAUGUAGUCAUCAUCGACGAGGCGCACAAUCUGAUGGAUGCCAUUGCCGGUAUUCACUCGGUGACCGUCUCGUUAUCCCAACUGCAAACGGCAAUCACACAAUUAACAACAUAUGCUCGCAAGUUCAAGAACCGUCUGAAGGGCAAGAACCGAAACUACGUUGCUCAAGUGAUUAGGCUAGUGAGCUCUAUCGCCCGCCACCUCCACGAAAUUUCACACCAGAAGGGGCCGGCUGAGGGCUCGGUCCAAGUAUCCGACCUCAUGGCUGGCAAGGGAGUGGAUCAGAUCAACCCGUACAAGCUAUCUCGGUACCUACAAGAGAGCAAACUAGCCCGGAAAGUCGACGGAUAUGUCGAAUCAUCGCAAGAGUCGCAAGAGUUUCCUGUUACCUCUCAUGAAUCCAUCGGAAGAAGGCAGGCUCUUCUUCCAAAAGGAAAAAAUGAUGUGCAACUUAAGUACAUGCUACUUGAUCCGACCAAUCACUUCCGAGAGAUUGUCGAGGAUGCCCGAGCUGUGAUCCUGGCCGGUGGUACUAUGUCUCCCAUGUCCGAUUACAUGAACCACCUAUUUUCCUAUGUCCCGCCAGAGCGACUUGAUACAUUUAGCUAUGGCCACGUCAUUCCUCACACCAACCUUGUAGCGCAAUCUCUCACAAAGGGACUCAUGGGCUCGGACUUUGAUUUCACAUACGAGGCCCGCAACUCCGAGAAAAUGAUCACCGACCUUGGAAGAACAAUAGCAACACUCUGCCAGGUUAUCCCCGACGGUGUAGUCGCUUUCUUCCCCAGCUACGACUACCUCAGCCAAGUAAUCAGCGUAUGGCAGAAGCCCAUCCCAAAUGGCAACGGCUCAACAACCCUGAGCCUAAUAUCCAACAAAAAGAAAAUCCUUUACGAAUCACGCGACUCAACCGCAUCCACAGACACCCUCCUACAAGAAUACACCUCUGCCGUCUCAACGGGCCAAGAUGCCCUCCUCCUCUCCGUGGUCGGCGGCAAACUCUCCGAAGGAAUCAACUUCUCCGACGAACUAGGACGCGGGGUCCUAAUCAUCGGACUACCCUUCCCCAACAUCCGCAGUGCCGUCUGGCAAGCUAAGAUCAAGUACAUUGAAGAAAAGACGCACAAGCAGCACUCCGGGAUGGAGGCGGAGAAGAAAGCUAGUGCGGCGGCGGCUGGGCGGGACUUUUAUGAGAAUGCUUGUAUGAGGGCCGUCAAUCAGUGUAUUGGGCGGGCUAUUCGGCAUGUCAAUGACUACGCGGCUAUCGUGAUGAUUGACCGGCGGUACGAGACGCCGAGGAUCCAGGCCAAGUUGCCCGGGUGGAUUAGGGGCAGUUUGGUUGCGAGUCCGAGUGAAAGGCCUGCGCAGAUGACGGUCCAGCGGUUGUCAAAGUUCUUUGCUGAGAAGGCGAGAUGA